GUGUACCUAUGGUGAAAAUUACAGGCCUCUCUCAUCUUUUUAAGUGGGAGAACUUGCACAAUUGGUGGCUGACUAAAUACUUUUUUGCCCCACUGUAUUUCCAUGAAAGCUCAAUGAUCAAUGAUCUUUUGGCGUACCUCGCCAAAACCAAAUUAACUUGAGCAAAUGGCCUCUGUCUCACAAGGUCUUGCACAGGCAGCCCAAUUCUGACAUUUUUUUCCCACUAAUUAGUCUUUUGACCAAAUACAUUUAGAUAUUUUCACAUCAGAUAUUUAUCAGAGAUGAUCUGAUUGGGGGGAGACACAUUUGUGGAAAUAUUAUCAAAACUGGUCCGCCUGUGCAGCCUUAGUUUUGUAGCUUAACACAGCCUUAGUUUUGUAGCUUUUGUUUUAUUCAAUAGGUUCUAAUCGGUCAUUGUUUUGCAUGCCCAUUACCUGUUGCCUCAGGACAAUGCUCCAGUGUUACUGAAUGGUAAAUGGAGUAACUGAACACUGACCAAGGAUGUCUAACAGGCUGACUACACCGCGUGCUUGAGCGUUGCAAAAUAAAUUUAGAAAUCUGUUAUUCAACGAUUGCACCCACACUGCUCGUGCGUGCCAACAAGUGUCUGCGUUGCCAAGGGAUAAAAUAGAAAUCAGCUAUAUUUCUGAUGCCGAUAGCGCUGCAAGUCCUGCCUCUCCCAUCUCCUUAUUGGUUUAUAGAAGCAGGUACCCAUGUACCAUCUCAUUGGUCAUACCCACGUGGGUGAGUGAAAGACGAACGAGGUCAGUGGCGGUAAUGCACCUAAUUUAUGAAAGUUGCCAAUGCAAUAUAAAGGCAAGAGAAGAAAAAGCCUGGAAGGAACAGAGAUGACUAGAAACGAUUCGGUUGACCGUUUUAUGUGUGGAUUAAUUGGUGGAGUAGAGGAUCUUGUGCAUUUCUGGUAAAAUAACAACUCAAUGUUUAUAUCCCAGGACACAUUAGCUAGCUAAAUAGGACAAAUUAGCUAGCAAGCUAACUAGCUAAAUUUCCAUAAAUAUUUAAUGUUGGGAAAUAUGAUGUUAAUUUUCAAACAUUCAUGUAUUAAGUUUGCAUGCACUUGUAGAGACUGGGUGGAUCUUCUUAGCCACUGAUGACGUAAAUACAGUUGUACCUUUUAACCAAAUGAAGGAUGUUGUGACAUUGCAUGUAGAACAACAAUGCUAUGGCUACAUAAUAAUAAAUCCUGUCUCACGGUUGUAGCCUAUGAUUUACCAUCCAUUGGAUUCACCUAUUGUCACUCAGAGACAUAGGCCUAUUAUUAGCCAAGGCAAGACGUUUUGCCAAAACACAGCCUAUUUUACAGACUUAUGACAAUGUUUUGUAGGCUAGAUGGUAGCGUAAAUACAUGGAGGCAAAGUCGUGGUGCAAUGUAUUUAUUCGCAGUGUCGUGACAAUUUUAAAAUAUCAGUGACAAAUGGUCAUGCGUAAAAGGCAACUCGUUGUAAAUGUCCUCAAUCCAUGACGCUUAAGACUAACCUAUACAUUUUUUUCCCCCCACACAUUUAUAUAACGUAUGUGGGGCUGUAAAGUGCUCUGGGACGCACGUUUACUUUCGCUGUCGACAGGCUGUAUUCAAUUCCGCCGAUUCAGUUGCAAACCGUUUCUUAAACGGGAGCGAACGUGGAGUGACUUGCCUUAAUUUGUCCAAUAGAAACUUGUUUAGUUGCAAAACGGAAUGCAACUGUUUGAACGAUUACACCCCGGGCUUCAGAUGGGUUUAGGAGACAGCUGCUACACGUGACGGUUAUAUGGUUGUAUAACGCAACAAUAUUUAGGUCAACGCGAUUCUUGUUUGGCACGUGCACACUUACCACUUACAAAAAGUCUCGUGCAGAGGUCUCGAAUAACAACAGGUGAGAGACAAAUAUGUUCGAAAGAGGGGGGAAAAAAGACCACUCGAAUGAGUUUACUUAUAUAUGGUAAUUUGUCAGGUUGGACACGGAUAUUUACCCGAGAAAGCAGUGUUUUCACUCACAACACGAAACCGUUCAAUUAUAGGGAGCCUGUGUAGUGUGGUAGCCUAUAUAGACCAUCACUUUUCCCUCAAAUACAUGCAAAAUGACACUUUAGCCUAUAAUUUUAGAGGAUAAAAUGAACGUUUCAUUCUUAAAUCAGGCUGAAAUAUGAGCCUAUUGAUAAUGGACUCAUGCAGAAUACUCUUUACAAUUGUAAUGAAAGGGAAAUCUUGGUAUUUCAUGAAUGGUUGUCCUACUUGCUCUGGGCUAGACUAUAGCCCACGAAACGAUUGCGUGUGAAUGCAAGGAACAGUGUCCCCUUCACGGGUGGUUUGAGUGAAUGAAUGCGAGUGUCGUGGUGACUGGUGAUAGAGAAGACAGAUUGACCUCUUCCGCGUUUUCCUUGAGUUGUGUUACCCAGGAGGCUACUUUAUCCUUGCACGUGUCUACGUUUGUAUGUCUACCCCCACCCUGCAUUAGUACAGAGAGAGAGGAAAAAAUAAAGUAAAUUUAUACAACAAUCCCCCGCCUCUUCUUACCAUCUCUCCUACAGUAGGCUACUUGUACCACAUUUAGGCUACACUACCACUUCCUCAUGUUCUGCAGCGCCGGGCUGCUGCUGACCGGAUCCAACCAUGUCCGUAGAGAAUUUAGCCGCCGGCGGCAAUGACGGGACCACAGACAAACGAUCAGGACCCUUGCAGUUAGGAGAAACCAAUAGCCUUCCUGUUUCUCGGCCUUACGUCAUAACGCCCCACCUGGCAGGAGCCAUGCCUGAUGUCAUAACCCCCCACAAGGCAGGAGCCAUGCCUGAUGUCAUAACCCCCCACCUGGUAGGAGCCAUGCCUGAUGUGAUAACCCCCCACCUGGCAGGAGCCAUGCCAAUCCAAGAGCUGUCUAGGAAACGGAAGGGGGAUCUAGAUAACAGGGAAAAUGGUGAUGCUCAAAUAGAGGAGCAACAGAGCAGAUCGGAAGACGAUGAUCAACAGGUGAAAAUAAAGUGGUUCAGGGAGCCACACAGCCAAAUUGAAAAGCGGCGAAGGGACAAAAUGAACACCCUUAUUGACGAGCUGUCAGCCAUGAUCCCCUCUUGGAACCCCAUGGCCAAAAAGCUUGACAAACUCACGGUCCUGCGAAUGGCUGUGCAGCACCUCAAAGCCCUGAAAGCAGGUGCCAGCAGUUCCUUUACUGAUGUUAACUACAAAUGCAAGCCUUCAUUUCUGCCUCAGGAUGAUCUCAAGCACCUGGUGCUCACGGCUACAGAUGGGUUCCUGUUCGUUGUGAGUUGUGACAGGGGGAAGAUCCUCUUUACCUCAGAAUCCGUCUUGAAGUUCCUCAACUACAGUCGGUUGGAACUAAUUGGACAGAGUCUUUUUGAUUAUGUCCACCCGAAGGACAUUAGUAAAGUGAAAGAGCAGCUGUCAGCCUCAGGAUUAUACCCUCGCGAACGGCUCAUAGAUGCCAAAAGGUUACAGGUGCAGGACCUUCCUGUGGGAGCAGUUCAACUGUGUACAGGGGCACGGCGCUCCUUCUUCUGCCGCAUGAAGCACAGCAGAACAGUUAUGAAGACAGAAGACAAAACCAUCCAGCCCAGCAGCUCCAAGAAAAAGGAGUCUCAACGAUACUGCACUGUCCAUUGCACUGGUUACAUGCGGAGUUGGCCCUCCACCCAGCUGGGUGCUGAGAGCGACGAUAACGAGUCCUCCCAUCUGUCCUGCCUGGUUGCUGUGUGCCGCGUUCACCCUAACAAUGCCUGUCAGCCCUCACGAGAGGUCAAGGUCAAACCCACCCAGUUUGUCACUCGCUUUGCAAUUGACGGCAAGUUCAUCUUCGUGGACCAACAAGCCACUACUGUUCUGGGCUACUUGCCACAGGAACUACUGGGGACGUCUUGUUAUGAGUAUUUCCACCAGGACGACCUGCAACACCUCGCAGAGACACAUAGGAAAGUUCUCCGCAGUAAAGAGAAGAUUGAGACCAGCUGCUACAAGUUUAAAACAAAACUUGGCUUCUUCGUCUUGCUUCAAAGUCAGUGGUUUAGUUUUAUAAACCCUUGGACCAAAGAAGUGGAGUUUAUUGUGUCAACAAACCAAGUUUUGGGACCUGGUCACACAGAAACUGAACAGCCGAGCAGUUCCGAGCUGUUGGACGAAGAGAGAAAACGUACUAUCCUUAUCCCUGGCAUCUGCAGUGGCAUGGCCACUAUGAUCUACGCUGGCAGCAUAGGGACCCAGAUAGCAAAUGAGCUCUUGGACUCCAACAGGGUCAAUUGUUCUCCAUCGAGUGGAACCUCCAGUCCCUUCUGUCCAUCUCAGGACAGGUCUCCAAUGGUCUCCUCUCAUGCCAACAUGCCAAAUGAGGAGGUGACUGACUCCGAUACAGUGAGCAAGUCUGGAUCAGAGUCUGCUUCAAAGGGGGCCACAUACGCUGGCAGCAACACACAUAUGGACACAGCCCGUUCCCCCCCAGCAGAGAGCUCCCAGAUGGACCUGGACAGCAUGGUGGGACCAGGCCUCGGUAUCCUGAGCAACGACGAGGCUGCCAUGGCCGUCAUCAUGAGCCUGCUGGAGACUGAUGCCAACCUGGGGGACGCAGUAGACUUUGACAACAUGCACUGGUCUCACUAGCAGAGAUUCAAAUGCCAUGAAUUCAGGAGAAGAAUUUAGAUUCCAAUUCAAGAUUUGAAAAAUGCUAUUUAUUCUUAUCUACAUUACUUCAUUUAUUUAAGCAUUUUCAAAGAGGAUUUCUACCAAUUCCUGAAUUGGGAUUUCAAUUCACUUCCAGAAUUGAAAUGGAAUUGACCCCCAACUCCAUCAGUCCUUAACUCUGUAGUUUAUGGUUAGACAAACUCCAUCCAGGGACUAUUUUCAUGUGCUCCGCUACCAAUGAAACAGAUGUAUGUGCUUCUGAGGAACUUCUACAGCUCUCUGUUUAAGUUUCAGCAAGAGAAAUCCAGCCUGAGCUAAAAUCAGCAAACUCUUUGGUGGCUUGCACAGCUGGUUCAAUUGGUGGGGAUUUUUUUGAUCAAUGUUUCAAUGUAACAAUGUGUACUAAAACCACCCGAGUUUGUCUAUAUCUGAGGGGUCACAGAUCGAUACCAGUUCGGUACUCUUGGGGUUCCCGCAGGUGUGAAAGUGAUCAACCCAAAUUCCAAGGGAGUGGACAAAGGCAUAGGUUAAUCAAUUACAAAGUAUAUUAACUUUGAACACUGAUCACUUGUGGAAUAACUUAAAAUGAAACAUUACAACUGUGUCUUCACUCAAAUUGUCAUUCUCUGUUAUUACAAAGUGAAAUUGUAUAUUGUUCUUUUUGCUCUUGCGUUGUAGGCUUCUGUGUAGAUGAAUCAAUAUUGCUGCCAUGUCUAUUGCAUAGACAAAGAGGCAUACCUUUUUCUGAAGUCACUCAGAAGUAGAGCUACUUCUCUUGAAAUGUUUUAUUUACACUGAAACAGAACACCCUGAAGAUGCACCUGCAGGGAUGUGAUGGAGGCUAAACGCACAGAAACACUUUUGUAUUUUGUGAAAAGCAUUUACACAUUUAUUAUGCAACGUUGGCGUUCUUAGCAAUAGCGUGUGCGUUGCCUAUCCUAGAGCAACACAAUGGAAAUAAGCUCUCAGGCUUUAUUAUGUUUUGUCCUCAAUGGUUUUAAGUAUCUGGUCUUCAACUUUUUAAUGAUCAAAUAAAAUACUCACUGCCUGUCACCACAACCAGCGUUCAGCUCUUACUCACUAUAAUUCUUUACCACUACAUCCCUGUUCAUCUGAUCUUAUACAAACACAUCCUAGUUUGUUUGAAAUGUGGAGGUGUGAAACAAUCCAGUCAAGGAAAACAAUGCUUGCAAACAACCUUUUGAACCUCGCUUCAGCAAAC